AGACAUCAGAUGCAGAAAAGAGGCGUUUAGCAAAAGCUUCCCUUGCCUACAAUUGUGAGAGAGUGCAAAGACAAACCUGAACGUCGAGCAGGUUUUCUUUUCUAUAGCAAGGGAUAUCAAACAGAGACUUUCAGAGACUGAUUCCAAGCCUGAGGAUCGAACUAUCAAGAUCAAGGCUGAAGGGGAAGCUGAUGCAGCAGAGGCGCAGAAAUCAGCUUGCUGCGACUCUUGAACGGUUGUGGCCGCAGGAUAGUUUCAUAAUUUUUUUUCUUUGCCAGCAAGUCUCUCCUUGUGCUUGAGCUAUCACAAUUGCUGUGGUUUGGACAAGUGGGUGUUACGUCAGAACUAAUUACUUGCUAUAUUGCGGAAACCCUGCUCUUGAUAACGACGAUCGCAUAUGCAACUGGGCGGGUGGGUGGUUUGAUCUCGUGAUGGCUACUGCUAUGGCUGUAGAGUCAUAGAGAUGGCAUUGGAGUUGUAUGGUGCAUGUUAUUUAAAAAACAUGAGGAAGUACUACUACAUUACUGUUCAUGUAAUUUCACAUCUUGAUGAUUUUGAUAUUUUCAGAAAUAAGGAUUUCUAUGGUGCAUGUUAUUUAAAAAACAAGCCAACUAUAGCUUGUGUGAGGUCAUAGGUGCUUGCAAUUAUUGGAACUGGUCCAUGCAAAUCAUUUUUGCUCAAAAUCCAACUUGGCCAAUCAUUAGUAGGUCAAGUUAUAUUCAUGAAACCUUUUGUUUGUUGUUUCUUUGCCUAAAAACAUGCUUUCAUUGGUUAGUUCAUUAUCCUGGAGCUGCAGAGGGACUUUAUGUAGCAUGAUCCAUGCUCAGGUAUUGCGAUUUUGGCAAUUUCUGUAAUGUAACAUGGAAUUGGUGAAGGUCCUUGGUCGAGUAAUCACAAUACUAUUGAUAUUAUUCAUAUUGAUUAAAUUUUUAUCAUUGGUUCUCUUUGUUUGUUAUAUUAUCUUGUGUCAUCGAUUAACAACUCUUUCACCGGACGUCUUGAGGUGACUUUAGUUUCUUGUCUUUUAUAUGUAUCCUGACAUAAAACCAGUGCUUAUUUUCUAUUCGUGCAUGUGCAGGUGCUGUACUGUUUCUUAGAAUUUUCCAGCAACUUCGAUGGGAGGAAUUUUGUUUGAGCUUGUGGGCCCAAUUCAUAUCAGUCGCGACCCUGGGACUAUCCCACGUCCUGCGGCGAGCUUGCAGCGCUGCUGCGCCUCGGAUACGCGGACAAGUCACUACUUGGGACUAUUUACACCCCUAAAAGGGAAACACACAGAUGAAGUUGCUAAAUCCAAGCAAUCAAUUGUCUCCACAAAAACAAAGAAGGAAAUUCAAUUUCAGAAACUUCAGAGAUUGCCAGAUGGGUGCCAUCCUGAUUUUGAUAAUGAUCAUCUGUGUUCUGUAAAUAAUCAUGACCUGCUUCCUGAAAUAAGUACUCCAAGUGUUGACCUUCAUCUACUUCCUGAGACAGGAGUGGAAAACAUGAGGACACCUAAAAGUCUUCACGCCGAACUUAAGCAUGAGCUGUUAAAGCUAAAUACGGUGUUAAAGCUACCAGAUAAUGUACUCUUUCUGGCCAACCAGUUCCUUGAAUAUCUUUUAAAUAAUCAUUUAGUUGUGCGGGAGCCACGGAGCAUACUGCAUGCGUUCAACAUAGCCUUGUGUUGGCGUGCUGCUUCUUUUCUGAAAUACACUGAGUUGAAUCGUCGAGAAUCACUUGCCCUUGCUUCAGAUGGAUUGAAUUAUGAAUGCAAUGAGGCUCCAUCAUAGGCAGGCUUAUAGGUUCGUAGUAUCGUUAGGACGGGCAUCUUACUAUAACAAUAUAAGACACAUUUUGUAUAUAUAACACAUGUGCAUAUAUAAG